AGAAUAUUAAAAUGGGAUCACAAUUAUUUAAAAAAAGUGUAGAUAAACUAUAACCACCAACCAAAACAUUCUUCGAAUUUGAACUUAAUAACAUUGAUGGUUAGAAAACCCAACUUUCUCAAUUUAAAGGCAAAAAAGCUUACAUUUGUGUAAAUGUUGCCUGCUCUUGUGGAUUGACAUCCUCAAACUACAGCGAACUUGUUGAACUAUAUCAAUCAUACAGGUACCAAAUAAUAACAUAAUUAGUGCCUAAGGUUUAGAGAUUUUAGGAUUUCCUUGUAAUCAAUUUAUGGGUUAGGAAUCUAAACCCGAACCUGAAAUAAAGGAGUUCGUUAUAUCCAAAUACGGAGUUUCCUUUCCGUUAUUUUAGUACUGAUUUUUUAAAUAUUUAAGAAAAAUUGAAGUUAAUGGUUAAAACACUCAUGAGAUUUAUAGAUAUUUAAGAUUAAACAGUUCACUAAAAGUUAGUUCUAAUGAAGCUAAGGAAGUACCAUGGAAUUUUGGGAAAUUCCUACUUAACUCAUAGGGUUAAGUGGUAAAGUUUUAUGAUCCCGAUGUCAAACCAAAAGAAAUGCAGUAAGAGAUUUAGAAAUUGUUAAAUCAAUGA